UUCGUGUAAAAUAUGCAAAUUGAUCAUCUAUGGUAAAGCUUUAAUGCAAUUUUCGUCUUUUCGUACACCUUUACUUCUUUUACAUACAAUAUUUUCUCAAGAAAAAUAUGCACGUGAAGAGAAUUGCCUUGCAAUAAAUAAAUAUGGUGUGGCACGAACUAUAACAAUGGCUUGUCAACUUCUUUAUAAUGUAUCAGAAGUAAAAAGAACAAUGAAUUAUUUACCUGCUAUCAAGCCACUCUAUUACCACUUGAAAUCUAUCUAUCACACUAUCGCCUAAAAAAUUCCCUUAUUGAUAAAUAGAAUGAGUCCAGAUAAUCGGAUUCCAACUCCGAGUUGAAGUCACACCCUAUUAAUAUAUAUAUAUAUAGUUUGUACAUUUUGACAUAAAAGUCCGUCAUUUGCGCUGAUAUUUUUUUUUUUUUUA